CCCGCAAUAGGAAUGGGGUGGGGGCACCAUGCCGGCAGAGAAGAGACCGUGUUUCCAACCGUUACCUUGUGAACCGGACCAAAUAUGGAGUCCACACAUACUUAAACUUGACCUUUGACCCCCAUAUAAUCCGUUAGGAUAACGAAGGAAGAUCCCGUUUUCGUCAGACGUUAAACACCUUCUACGUGCGUGGUUGGGGCUUGAAGACUCUGAGUCGUAGAGGUAAAUUUGAAAGGUUAUUUGUAAAGGAUCCCUCCGACAGAACAGCUUGGUCGAAGCUUACAUUCACGUUCGGCAAAAGCGGCGGUUGAAUGGGAGCGAUCUAAACUAGGACUGUUACAAAAUCCAAAGGCAAAGUGUCUGGAAAUUCCGCUGAAAUGGACGUGGUUCCAUCGGUCAUCCGUGUGUCGUUGGUGGGGUCCCCACCCUGGGGGUUCGAACUGGAGGGUGGUGCUGAGGUGGGCACAGACCUGACCAUCGCCCAGGUCGACAUGGGCAGCAAGGCGCACAUGGCCAACAUCCUGCCGGGAGACGUGCUCCUCCAGAUCGGUCUGGAGAAGACGCAACAGAUGGAGAAGACGGAAGCCCUACGGAAGCUCUGCGAUGAAGGUGGUUAUUCGUUGAGUUUGGUCCUCGGCCGAGCGCAGCCCAAGGUCCCGCGACCAAAGCAGUACACGCCGACCGGCAGAAACUUCAACGUCGCUCCGAAGGGGUGGGGUGGGAAUCCUGGCCGCGGUCCUUCGGCGCACGCCCCGGUGAGGUCACGUGCUGGUCCUCGACAACCCCAUCGCCAGCCGCCUUUAGGUCAAGCCAUUGCCACGCUCGAGCAAACGGAAGAUGUGCCAAGAGGUUUCCGGAGCGUUAGACCUCCCGUAGAAAACCCUCAAACCCUGCCCCAGUACGGCAUGAUUAAAACAUUCGGGUACCACGUCUGAGAAUAGGGCUAAGUAAAGGUAAAACUUCACUCUUUUGUGGCAACAUAAUUGAAUUAAACGAGUUUAGCCGACAUGCUUGUCGUCAUCUCUAUCUUAUACUUGUACGGUUCGUAACAAGCGUCAACGCCACCAACAUUUGUUGGACUUACUUGUUGAAGACCAUACCAGACAACGUACCAUCAUUUUUCAACCUAGAAGCUCUCCUUUUACAAUGAAAUGGCAUUGCAGAAUUAAGAUAUAUUAUAUACCAGAAAUGAAACACACCAUGUGAAAUACAAUGUCAGUUUUUACUGCUUCGUAAUGCUUACUAGUAUUUUACUUGGUAAAACGUAUUUGCGCUCUUGUGCUUUUCCAUGAUAGAAUGUCCAACUUACACAGAAGAAAGAGGUAAAUUAAUGCAGACAAUAAAGUACAAAUCAUUACCAAAGGCAAACAGAGAGCUAUUUCAUGUACUUAUGUCAUGUCCCGACACUGUUUCCGUUUACGUAGGACAAUACAUAUAUACGUCCAUGCAGAAAAGGAACCUCAUGACAUCAACUUAAUUUUGUAUACAUUGUCAUAGUAAUGUAUAUAAUAGAUGAGAAGAUCCUCGCUGUGUCUCCUAUCAAUCAUAUUGUUUGUAUAAAAUAGAGCCUGAAUGUAGUUUGUUUUCAUGUUAUUAGCCAAUAGUCUAUGGCGACAUUCUGGAUUUGUUCCACAUUGCACGUUGUGUUUCUAAGAACAUUUCAUAACCUU